AUGGAUGGUUGGUUAUACAAGGCACAAAAAGUUUUUGAACUAAUGCUUAGCAAGGGCUCGAUGGUUAAUGUUGUCAGUUACAACACAUUGAUAAAUGGCUAUUGUAAGCUUAAAAAAAUAGAUGAGGCCAUGAUGCUUUUUCUAGAUAUGUGUCAUAAGGGAUUUGUUCCAGAUACCGUUACUUAUAACACUCUUGUGAACAGGUUUUGCAAAGUGGGUGGAAUACAAGAUGCACAAAGGUUGUUCUUUGAGAUGCAAGAUUGUGGCCAACUUCCAAAUUUUCAAACUUAUGUUGUUCUACUGGAUGGCCUGUUUAAAAACCGACAACUUUCCAGGGCAAUGCAAUUGUUUAGAGAGAUGGAAGCGAAGAAGUUGGAUGUUAAUAUUGUGGUUUACACUAUUCUUAUUGAAGGACUUCAACCUAAUGUGUGGACAUACAAUAUAAUGAUUAAUGGACUAUGUAUCGGGGGUGUAAAAAGUGAAGCAGAAAAGUUGCUUGUCGAAAUGGAAGAGAAAGGCUGUUCUCCAGAUGGUUGCACAUAUAACACAAUUAUCAGAGGGUUUAUCAGUAACAAUGAGACAUCAAGGGCGAUGGUACUUAUUCAACAAAUAGUGGGGAAUGGUUUCUCUGCAGAUGCAUCAACAAUAAGGUUGAUAGUUCAAUUACUGUCGAGAGAUAGAGUCGAUCCUGCUUUGUUGCUGUUGAUAAAAGAAUCACUGUGA